AUGUCGAAAGCGAAUAUUGACGUGGAGAGAAUUCUCCAGGGGAAAUACCCGGCUAAGUCGCAUUUGAGGCGCGUGGUAGAAUAUAUAAGAAGCAAGAUUCCCGAUGCUACUGGCAUCUUAUAUCUAGAAGGGCGCUCGGAUAAACUACUAGAGGAUAGUGAUGAGCCUGUUCCCUUUCGACAACGAAGAGCUUUCAUGUACCUAACCGGUGUCGACGAAGCCGAUUGCUUCCUGAUCUACGAUAUCGCAACCGCGCAUUCGACCCUCUUCAUUCCUCCUAUAGACCCCGACUCCGUCAUUUGGUCCGGCCUACCACUUUCUCCCCAAGAAGCACUGGCGAAAUACGAUGUCGACGCUGUCCUCCCGUCCACCGAGCUCAACCCGAUACUCGCUAGGCUGGGGAGCCAACCUAAUUCCACGGUCUUCGCUAUCGCCGACCGCGUUUCCGACGCUGUUACCUUCCUCGAGUUCACCAACAAGGAUUUCACAGUUCUUGGAGAAGCCGUUGACGAGUCCCGAGUUAUCAAAGAUGAAUACGAGAUCGCGCUUAUCAAGAAAGCGAACGAGAUUAGCGGGGCUGCUCAUAAAGCUGUUCUUGAGAAUGUGAAGAAGGCUAAGAAUGAGUAUGAGCUUGAGGGUGUAUUCAUUGGCACGAGUGUUAGCCAGGGAGCGAAGAAGCAGGCGUAUCCUAGUAUUGUUGCUAGUGGGAGGGCCGCUGCUACUUUGCAUUAUGUGCAUAAUAAUAAGAAUCUGGAAGGCAAGGAUCUGUUGCUUUUGGAUGCGGGCGCGGAGUGGAAUUGCUAUGCUGCUGAUAUUACGAGAACCUUCCCCAUUUCCGGCAGAUUCACAGAACGAUCUCGUGCUAUAUACGAGAUUGUUCUGGAGAUGCAAACGAAGACUAUAGCUGUACUGAAGGAAGACGUAUCAUGGGAUGAGGUACACUUAUUAGCGCAUGAGGUUGCCAUUGACGGUUUGUUAUCCCUAGGCAUAUUGAAGGGAGAACGAAAGGAGAUUCUUGAAGCGCGAACAAGUACAGCGUUCCUACCCCACGGCUUGGGCCAUUACCUGGGAUUAGAUACUCACGAUACCGGCGGUCAUCCUAACUACUCAGAUCCCGACCCGAUAUUUAGGUACUUGAGAGUUCGAACGAAUCUACCCGCUGGAAGUGUAAUUACAGUUGAGCCUGGUAUCUACUUCUGCGAAUUCAUCAUCAGACCAUACCUCAAAGACCCGAAACACGCGAAAUACAUCGACGAAAAGGUAUUGGAUAAGUACUGGGACGUUGGUGGUGUGAGAAUCGAGGAUAACUUACUCAUAACGAAGGAUGGCUCUAUUAAUUUGACCGAUGCAGUCAAGGAUCCUGAUGAGUUGGAAAAGAUAAUCUCUGGCAACUAA